AUGGUUAGAUUAGUUAUGCCAUUCUUUUAUUGUUUCUUGGCUAUUACAAUAGCAUUUUCGUUAAGCUGCCAAGCUGCUAGCGAUGGGUGGACCGAUGCCCGUGCUACAUUUUAUGGUGACGGGAAAGGAGGAGAAACUAUGUAUGGUGCUUGUGGGUAUAAAAACCUAUUCGAUCAAGGUUACGGUCUAGAGACAGCAGCAUUAAGCACAGCGUUAUUCAACAAUGGAUCAGCGUGUGGAUCAUGUUACGAGAUACAAUGCAUUAACUCGAAAAAUUGUUUACCCGAUGCUAAAACUAUUAAGAUCACGGCCACCAAUUUUUGCCCUCCUAAUUACACAAAAACAGUCGAUAUUUGGUGUAACCCUCCACAAAAACACUUUGAUUUAUCGGAAAAAAUGUUUGUAACAAUUGCAAAAUAUGAAGCCGGGGUUGUUCCAGUUCAAUUUCGUCGAGUUCCUUGUGUUAAGAAAGGUGGCGUUAAGUUCCUACUACAAGGGAACCAAGGUUGGUUACUUGUACUAGUGUUUAAUGUUGGAGGUGCAGGAGAUGUUGCUAACGUUAAGAUUAAGCCCUCUAAUUCGAAUGAUUGGUUGCAAAUGGAACGUAAUUGGGGGCAAAUUUGGCAAAUUACUCAAAAUUUAUUAGGGCAAGGUUUCUCAUUCCAAGUUACUACUAGUGAUGGUAAAAUGGUGCAAUCUGAUAAUGUUGUGCCUACUAAUUGGCAAUUUGGGCAAACUUUUGAGGGAAAAAGUAAUUUCUGA